AUGCAUGGCGCAGACUUCUCGUCGGCUGUGUGGCACAUCAGUCUGUGGGCGGUCAUGUUUCCGUUGCUGAAAAACGUAAAGGAUGGGCUGCAGGAUGUCAAGGACAGGGAGAACGAUACGUCCAAGGACCAUCCCACCGAAGAAGGGCCCAUCAUUGUACAUCACAGCCGCAACACUGCGGUCAAACAGUGGGACGAAACAACUGUCAUCUCACUCGACG